UCUUUAUAUACGAUUUACCGUGCGUGGCAUGGCUAUCUGGAAUCGGAAAGCAGAUGCUGCGUUCGCCGAAAGCCAAGUGAAAAAUGAGGAGUAUAUCGAGCAAAAUUUUUCGGCCGAGCCUGACGGUGUGGUUGAUGAGGAUGAGAAAGGAAUUGCCCUCCAUCGCGGCCUGAAGGCUCGCCAUAUUACUAUGAUUGCAAUUGGCGGUGCCAUUGGGACGGGUCUUAUAAUUGGUACAGGUUCUGCUCUUGCAAAGGCUGGUCCUGCGUCUGUUUUGAUCAGUUAUUCGAUUGUCGGUUUUAUCGUGUACAUUGUUAUGUGUGCGCUCGGCGAAAUGGCAGCAUGGCUUCCCAUACCUUCUAGCUUUACUGGUUAUGCGGUUCGAUUUUGCGAUCCUGCAUUGGGCUUUGCGCUGGGCUACUCGUAUUACUGUAAAUACGUGGUUGUUACCCCGAACCAAUUGACAGCAGCCGCAUUGGUGCUUUCAUAUUGGGUUGAUAGGGACAGGGUGAAUCCAGGAGUUUGGAUUGCGGUAUUCCUAGUAACCAUAGUGUGUAUCAACUACUUCGGUAUUCGAUUUUUCGGGGAAUUUGAAUUUUGGCUCUCGUCUUUCAAGGUCAUCGUCAUCAUAUCCUUGAUUCUGCUGUCCUUGGUCCUUGCUCUAGGCGGGGGUCCAGAUCAUGACAGAAAGGGAUUCCGCUACUGGAAGGAUCCGGGAGCUUUCAACACGUAUAUUAGGGAAGGUUCCGCAGGCCGUUUCCUCGCAUUCUGGUCCACAAUGGUCACGGCAACUUUUGCUUUCUUAGGCACUGAGCUCGUUGGAGUUACUGUGGGGGAGGCUCAGAACCCUCGAAAGACUAUCCCUCGCGCUAUCAAGCUGACCUUCUUCCGAAUCCUCAUCUUCUAUAUACUCAGCGUCUUCUUGCUGGGGAUGUUGGUUCCAUAUAACUCGAGAGAACUUGCAUUCGCAACCAAAGCAUCUAACUCUGCUGCCGCCUCCCCAACCAUAUACGGCCUUGCUCGGGAGGGGAAAGCGCCAAGGAUUCUUGCAAGGACAGACCGGAGGGGUGUUCCCAUCUAUGCGCUCGGCCUGUCUUCGUUAUUCGCUCUGAUCGCAUUCAUGAACGUUUCGAACGACACGAAGGUUGUUUUCGGUUAUUUUGUGAACCUAGUCACCAUCUUCGGGUUGCUAACCUGGAUCUCCAUCCUUGUUACGCACAUAUAUUUCAUUCGCGCACGCAAAGCACAAAAUGUCCCCGAGAGCUCUCUUGCUUAUAAAGCACCCUUUGGCUCCUACGGCUCAUAUGGUGCUCUUGCAUUCUGCAUUCUCAUCUCCCUUACGAAGAGCUUCGAGGUGUUUGUUCAUAACGAGGCCAAAUACGGAAAGUUCGAUUACAAGAGCUUUAUCACGGCCUAUAUUGGUAUCCCAUUAUACCUCUCUCUCAUCUUUGGGUACAAAUAUUUCACCAAAUGCCAACGCGUGAAGCCCCACGAGGCUGAUUUGUGGACGGGCAAGGACAAAAUCGAUCGCGAGGAGGCUGAAUUUUUGGCAAGGAAAGCAGCGCAGACCAAAAAUCAUGAGAAGGCUGGGUUUUUCUAUCGGACUUUCGUUUCGUGGUUGUUCUAAGAGGAGUGGCGCCAAAGGGUACUUUCGUUGCUAUCUUUCUCCCUUAUUUGAGGCUGUAUAUCAACACCCGGGAAAUGGAGCAAUGCAGGCUUCGACCGGAGAUUGGUGAAUGUUUUGUCGUCUUACAGCAUAUGCAACUUCUUUAUCACUAACUUCCAACCCCCGAUUCGAUCGAUGAACGCACCGUCAUGAUUUCUUGUUUCUCUGCUCUUUAUAUUCUCUAUAUACUAUUAUUUUCAUAUCACCAAUGUUUUCACUAUUCUUCCACCAAUAAUUUCUUUAAAUGGCUAUUAAUAUAGCUACCUCGGUGUCAGG